AUGCGAUGCUCGUUUCCGACACUUGACAAGCGGCUCGAAAAGUUUUUCGCCUGGUACACUAGACACCUUCUAGUCGAUUAUUACUAUGUAAUUCCGCCUUCUCGUGCGAACAACUCAACGUGUUUAGGUCUUUCUGAUAGCUCCGAUAGUUUUGACGGGCAUUCUCGCCGGCGGGUUUUAUUGGAUUAAAGAGUUGACGCUUCUCGACGCCCGCAAAUUGUACACGCCCGUCUCGGCGCCUUCGUGGCGUGAAGAGGCGGUUUUCAGUGAUGUGAGUGAGUUCUCGUCGCCCGCAAACCUUCGAAAUCCUGCGUUUUCAAGCUGUGGCCAGUGAAAUCGUACGAAUUUCUGCCCGAACGCACGUUUCAAUGGAAUCGAUAUCUGUACCUGGUGGUGCAUGGGCGACCGUUCGAAAACGGAACGUAUCCGAACAUUCUCGAGGGCUCCUACCUCGAUGAUAUCGCCAAAAUCGAGGAGGAGGUGGCGACGAAUGUCACGUUUCGGCGCGAAGACGCACUGGAGGACAAUCCGGCGCUGAUGCGGAAGCGCCAUUUGAAUGAGAGCGAGAUUGAGGAGGCACGCAAUACUACCAUCGCUUUUAAGGUCAGUUUUUCUGGCUUUGGGAAGCAAAAUGACGGCCUAGAAACCAGAGAUGUUGGGAAUUCCGUGUUCCGUGUUCCGUGUUCCGCGUUUUUUCAAUAUUUUUUCCGUGUUCCGUGUUCAAAAAAUUUCCGUGUUCCGUGUUCCGUGUUCCGUAGAAAUAAGUUUUUUUCCGUUUUCCGUGUUCCGUGUUCCGUAAAAAAUUUCCGUGUUCCGUGUUCCGUGUUCCGUAGAAAUAAGUUUUUUUCCGUUUUCCGUGUUCCGUGUUCCGUAUAAACUAUAUUUUCCGCGAAAAAAUUCGAUCACAAAUUUUAUUUUUUUCAUUAUUAUUUUCAAAUUCCCCCUUGUUUUAGCAGCAACGAUGCUCCGAAUAACCGCUUUGCGCAUUGUUUAUCUGAACCGCUUUUCUUUCGUUUUUUUCUUUUUCACUUUCAAUUUUAUGAAAUCAAAUUUUUCAUAUAACUCAAAUUGAAAUUGAAAUAUUACAGAGAACUGAAAUGGGCAAGAAACGCGGUUUUUCGAAGUACGACCAGCAUUUUGAAAAAACAGAAAAUUUAGUGAAAUGCGAAGAAUGUAGUGCCGUUUUAAAAUAUUCAUUGAAAUCGGGACCAGAGAUGUUGGGAAAUCCGUGUUCCGUGUUCCGCGUUUUUUUUCAAUAUUUUUUCCGUGUUCCGUAAAAAAAAAAAUUUCCGUGUUCCGUGUUCCGUAGAAAUAAGUUUUUGUCCGUUUUCCGUGUUCCGUGUUCCGUAAAAAAAAAUUUCCGUUUUCCGUGUGCCGUGUUCCGUAGAGUAAAAUUUUUAUUCCCAACAUCUCUGCUAGAAACCAAUGGCCUAUAUUGUACACUUGCAGGACGUGUGUAUGAGUUGGUACGGUGACUGUUAUCGCGAGAAGAACAUCAUCGAGUUGCUGAAGCGACGUCAUGAACUGAAUAAAAGGUACCACUUACAGUCGCCGACGACACCAAAAUCAAUGUUUUGCAGAGGAAUCUCGGUGACGUUUCCGCAGGUGAACCAAGAGGGAACGCCCAUCUACAUUGCGUUCGUCAUCGGCGGAGUCGACACGUUCGCAACGAACGACACGAUCCGCACGGCGCGCGCGAUGCGGCUCUGGUACUUUCUAAAGUUCGACGACGAGGAACAGGAGCAGCUGGCCAAGUACUGGGAGGACGUCGCCGAGCGGUUCGUGCACGACGCCUACGCCGACCACCCGACCAUCCGGUGCCACAUAAAACAUUCGCGGAUUGUGGAUCAGGGUCUGACGCGCAACGCGAACCGCCUCAAACCCUAUUUCAAUGUGACCAUCGCGGUGCUCGUCCUUUUUACCGCCUUCUAUUCGGUCAAAUGGUAUUUUCACACAAAGGACGGCAAGUGGACGGUGCACGUCGAUUGGCUGCGCUCGAAACCGAUGUUGGCGUUGGGGGGAGUGCUCUCCUCGGUGCUCGCUAUUGUCAGGUUGGUUUUUAGCGAGGGCAUGAACAGAUUACCAGUGAAAAUGUUUGAAAUUGCAGUGGCAUCGGAUUGCUAUUAUGGUUCGGAAUGUUCUUCGCCGAAAUCACGUUGAUCGCUCCGUUUUUGGUUUUGUGUACGUUUUUUAUACAUUUUUUCAGUUGAUCCCUUUUUUCUACAAGCACUCCCUCGAGUACUGUAGCUCUUGGAAGUUUGGGUAGGCUCAGGUUAGUACUCAAAAGAGUACUGCACUUCCCAGAGCUACAGCGCUUUUGGUAGUGGUUGUAGACAAAAGUGAUCAACUGAAAAGUUACAGUGCUAAACAAGAACUCUAGUUUUCUAGUUGAGCACUUUUUUCUACGAGCACUUUUAAGACUACUGUAGCGCUUAGAAGUUGGACGGACUAAAGAUAUUGUAGCGAUCGGCGUGGACGACAUGUUCAUCGCGGUGGCCGCGUGGCACAACACUGAGAUGAAGUAUCCGGGACGAUCGCCGAAAGUGAUGAAGCAGCGGAUGGUGGAGGCCAUGUCCGAGUCGGCCGUCGCCAUCUUCAUCACCUCGUUCACGGACGUGCUCUCGUUCGGCGUCGGCACCAUCACCGACAUCAUCGCCGUGCAGGGCUUCUGCGCCAUGACCGCCGCCUGCAUGUUCUUCACUUUUCUCUACCAAAUCACCUUUUUCGCGGCGCUCAUGGUCAUCUCGGCGAAGGCGCAAAUGUCGGGACGCAAUUCGUGUAUGCCGUGUGUUACUGUGAGUUCUUCGCUGUAUAUCUCAGUUGUUUGUAGAGAUGUGAAAACGUUGUCAACAUAUAAAAUGAUCAUUAAACUAUUGUGCACAUUUCAUCUGUUGACAACUUUUUGAUAAUUCUACAGACACCUGAGAUAUGACGUUUCAAACAAACCAUACUUUUUCAUUUUUGUAGGCCGAGGACAUUUACACGAUAGAAGACGGCUCCUUACAACCGAACUUGAAGAAACGGUCCAACGCCAGGAAGACGUCAAAAAGUGCGGAAAUUGCUGAAAAAGAGCUAGAGAUUGUGGAAAACGCGGAAAAGCGAUCGACCGACUCGUCUCCGGAUCCAUCGCAGAUUCACAUCGCUGUCAAGAGUCGAGGAGCAAUGGGACAUUUUUUCAGGUAUUUCGAGAACUAGGGGUGUGUAUUACAUGUACAUUUUAAUUCUUCAGUUCUAGUAGAACAUUUUUCCAGUUGACACUUUUUCACCACGACCACUGCCUGGAGUAUUGUAGCUCUUGGAAGUUAGGAUAGGCAUUUGACUAGCGCCAACUUCCAGGGACCACAGUUUUGUCAAAAGUGGUCCCAGAAAAAAGUGAUCAACAGCAAAAAUGUUCUACCAAAUGUCGACUUUUCGCCUACAAUACUCAUUCAGAGACAUUUACGUGCCGUGGCUUCUGAACUGGAAGACGAAACUCGUCAUGUUCGUCAUGUUCGUCGCCUACCUGACCGUCUCGAUUUACGGAAUUUGUGUGAUGAAACAAGGCCUUGAUUACGACAAACUCCUUCUGCAUUCGGACCCUCUUGUGGAGGCGUUGAAGCGCGAAAUCGAGUUGUUCCACGGCGGGGAUCAGAUCGAGAUCGCCAUCCAAAAGUGUCCGAACUUGACGAUAGCCGCCAAUCGGGACCGCAUCGAGACGAUCGCGCAGGAAUUCGAGAACAUUUCCUACUGCAAGUCCCUCGGCUCAUAGUCUUUAUCGAUUUUUCUUUCCAGCUCUCGGCGCAAAAGGAACCUCGUUUUGGCUGAGAGAAUACAAAAAGUACAGUAACGUGACGGGCUCCUAUCUCAACGAUGAUCGCGAGAGUUGGGCCGUCGGCGUGUACGAGUGGAGCCAACUUUUCGCAUUUUACAAACUCUGGUCGCAGGACUUUGUGUGGGCCGACGAGGCGGACUACGAUGCGCUCGAGGUGAAGUCGUAUCGGUUCCGAAUCGGCGUGCACCGGCUCUCGACGCCGACCGACUUGGUCCUCGUCACUGAGGGUGAGCUUUCUGGAAAACUAGACGUCGUCGAGGUUUCUGGCAAACUUGUUCGCCGUGAAAUUUCCGUUCAUUUCACCGACAUCAUCAUAGAAUUCUAGAGCAAACAUGUUUUAGUUUUGUCUCUUCGUCAAACCGCGCUAUCUCUGCGCGUUUUUUCGACAAAAUCGCAUUUCAGAGUUACGCAACGUGGCCGACCGCCACUCCGACCUCGACAUUGUCACCUAUCAGCAGAGCCGCGCGAUCGCCGACCAGCUAAACGUGAUUUUGAGCUCUACAAUCACGAAUGACACGUUGGCAAUGUUGUGCAUGUUCUGUGUGGCGCUCAUUUUCAUUCCCAAUCCGAUUUGCUCAAUUUUCAUCACACUGGCCAUGAUUACCAUUGAUAUUGGUGAGGAGUCGUGUAGUUUUUCACAAGCUCAAAAGUGCCGUAACCAAUUCCAUUUAGGUGUCAUCGGUUUCUUGUCAUUAUGGAGCGUGAAAUUGGACCCGAUUUCUAUGAUCACCAUCAUCAUGUCCAUCGGAUUUUCGAUCGAAUUUUCCGGUAAGUGUUCGGGGAUUUUUAGAGCAGUGUUCAACAGAAAAUGUUCAGCUCACAUCACUCACGGCUUCGUGAGCAACGAGAACAAUUUGUCGGCGUUCGAUCGUUGUGUGGAUGCGAUGGAAAAACUCGCGUGGCCCGGUGAGCACCCUCUCGCAAAACUAUAUAAUAUUGGGCCCACGGCGACCAUAAACGUAGAAAGGGGCGUGGCCUAGCGCGUGCACGGUUUAUCACCAAUUUGGCGCGAAAUUCGAAACUUAACCCCAAUUUUUCAUGUUUUUCGUCAAAAAUUACCCAAAUUUUGUACGGGUUUCGACGAUGCGAUUGCAUAACUUUAUUAAACUAAUCAUCGCGCGCACUUUUUGAGCUUAAAACGAGCAGGUUUCAUUCAGAAAUGAAUAAAUUGAAUCGAUUUUCAAGUUUUGUGCUGAAAAUGCGCGAAUUUCAGUCAUUCGCCGAUACUUUUUGUCGUUUGAACGCUUAAAAUACUUGUAUUAACGUGCUUAAUCACUUCCGACACUCACUUCGUCUCAAAACUAUCCACAUCGGCCGGUAUGAAAAUUCCGAAAUUGCGGCGGCGAGCGUAUUGCGAAAUAUGCCAAAAACGUCUUAAACGCGGCGUUUUCACGAAAAUUUCAAUGUUUUCUCUUUUUAAAGUCUCUUCUUUCGUCGAUAUCAAACACAAAAAUAUCGGAAAAGUGCUGAAAUUGCGGAAAUUUUCAGAAAACGCGUCUCAGAUUAGGCCACGCCCCCCUUUCUACACUUUUGGCGCGCCGUGUUGGGAGAGAUACACACAUCUGGGCCUCAAACGUUUUGCUCCAAAAUCGCGAGUGUUUCAGUGGUGCACGGAAGUCUGUCGACAAUCCUCGGCGUGACGGUACUCGCGUUCAUCGACUCCUACAUGGUGCUCGUCUUCUUCAAGACCAUCUUCCUGGUGCUGGUGAUCGGCGCGUGGCAUGCGCUGAUGCUCCUGCCCAUCGUGCUCUCCAUCAUAAUUCCGGUGCUCGAAAAGUUGGCGGACGCUUCGAGACGCGCGUCGGAUCGUCGUCGCAAGCAGAAGGAGAACAAGAACAGUGUGUAUGCGAUCAAUCUUCCCGUCAAUGUUUCUUCGUGA